CUAGUUUAUUUAUUUUUCAUCGCAGAGAUUUGCUCUCGGCUUCAAGGAGACAAUAAUGGAGGCUUAUCUAGGGCAGAAAGAUAAACAGCAGGAGUUCACAGUCUCCAUCUCUCAGCUUUCCGCAUCUUCUCCUGCUGCUUCGUGUUCAUCAGCAUUGGCUCGUUUCAGCAUCAAACCUCAAGGUGCACAGCUUCGGUUCCACCAAGAAUCGGAACCAAGCGAUGAUAUCUUAGUUGAUCUUCGAACUGCUCAGCUAUUCAAGUUGGGUCCUGUCGAAUCAGUCUGCGUUGAGGAAGGUUCUACAUCCAGUGAGGAGGAGGAGGAGAAAUCUUAUUCAAGGGGAAUCACCAUUCGAUUUAAAGUAGAGGAUGAAAGCAGGGCAUUCCAUCAGGCGUUUGAACAUUGGAAUACUGAAGCAGUUCAAGUGUGUUCUGGGGAAGGGUUGGAAAAUGGACAAAUUUUGGCUUGUAAAAGCAAGUUUGACGAUAAAAUAGAGGCGUCUUCUGCUAAAAUGUACUUCCAUUACUAUGGACAGCUACUGCAUCAACAAAAUAUGCUACAGGAUUAUGUGAGGACAGGAACCUAUUAUGCUGCUGUUGUUGAGAACCGUACAGAUUUUAUUGGUCGUGUGGUAGUUGAUGUAGGUGCUGGUAGUGGUAUACUGUCAUUAUUUGCUGCUCAGGUUGGUGCAAAGCAUGUUUAUGCUGUGGAAGCAUCUGAAAUGGCAGAAUAUGCACGCAGAUUGAUUGCUGGGAAUCCAUCCCUGGGACAGCGGAUUACGGUCAUCAAAGGUAAAGUGGAGGAGGUUGAGUUGCCGGAGAAAGCAGAUAUUCUGAUCUCUGAGCCAAUGGGAUACACAUGGCACCAUUCAGCGAUGAAUAUUUAUAUGUUGAAGUUGCAAAUAAGGCCCUGUUUUGGCAACAACAAAAUUAUUAUGGGGUUGACCUUACUCCCUUAUACGGAUCUGCAUUUCAAGGAUACUUUUCUCAGGUCCCUCUUACCUCUUAAUCAUGGAAAUGGAUAUUUUGGUGUCAGCACCUCCCAUAUUUAUGGUUCCUUAUUUUCAAAAUUAUCUACAAUUUCUGAAGGGGGGGGGGGUGUGCAUGAUGAACAUUUCUGUUAUCAUCUUUUUCUCUUAUUGGUACAGUCCAACCAAAGAAUAACUGAAGUAAAUCUAGUCUAAGUAUUUAUAGAAAUG